AUGCAGAGAGAGCGUGAUGUCAACACAGUGGGGGACCAGCACGUCGCCUACCCCGCAGCCGUCUUGGCCCAGCUCCUGCUCCUGCCCCUCGCCAACAACCUCGACAGCGGCGCCAUCAUGGGGGUGCUCCCGACGUGGCCGCUGCUGACCUUUCUCGUGAUCGUGAUGGUGAAGGGGGGCCAGUGGAGCCUUUGGAACUGGGACGAAGAGUGGAACGAUGCGGAGUGCUACAUGAACAACCUCCACCUUCUGACCGACGAGGGGGCCAACAGACGAGUGCCGAAGCAACGCCAGCGGGGACCGCUGACGCGAACAGAGGUCAGGAAGCUGAACCAGGAGGUCUGGCCCCCCAUGGGGGCCCUCAGCGACUACUACACGAUUCGGCACUACCUCAACCACGACGCCUACCUGACCAAGAAGGGGGACCAACGCCUCAGGAGAACGAGUACGAAGCCGAGCUGGACGAAACCCUACCUGCACAAGCACCACGUGAGCAAGCGGAUGCCCGAGAGGAGGAGGAAACGCGACCACCGCCGCCCCGAGAAGAAGAGGAUGACUGGGAGGACUGGGGCCAAUGGUGGGAACACCUACGCGGCAUUGGACGGGAACACCCACAACGUGGACGGCAACACGCUCGACGACUACCUGACCAGGACCCAGCCGCAGAUGCGGCACCGCAACAAAGCCGGGGGCGGACGACCGACCACCCCGACACGACCGAGUGGAGCUGGCGAGAGUGGGGAACGCAUGACCGUCCUCAACAAGAACAAGGCGGUCAGUGGGUGGAGAUGGUGGGCGUACCCGCGGGAUCGAGCGGGGGACGCCUGGUUCGAAGUUCAGCUGAGGGACUGGCGGGAGGAGCGUCGUGAACGAGAAGAACAACAGCAAGGAUGGGUGCCCCCCACAGAGGACAACACCGACACCUACGACCAGCCCUACAACCUGGAGCUCCACGCGUGGAACCCUGGGCUAGGGGCCCAAGGACUACAACAUGACGGAGGGGACCACGCUGAACACCGAGAUGACGCUGGAUACAUCGACACCGACAACCAGCCCUACAACCCGGAGCUCCACGCGUGGAACCCUGGGCCGGUUGCCCACGGACUACAACAGGACGGAGGGGGCCAUGCUGAACGCGGAGACGACGCAGGAUACAUCGACACCGACGACCAGCCCUACAACCCGGAGCUCCACGCGUGGAACCCAGGGCCAGGGGGCCCUGAGCUACAACAUGACGGAGAGGGCCACGCUCAACAUCGCGAUGCAGACUGGCCCCACAACCCGCCCGAGCACGCCUGGAACCUGGGGCCGAGACAGAGAGAGGACAACGCCAACGACCAGGCUGAUACACCACACCAGGACCCGAGCACAGCUUGGGGCUCUGAACAAGCACAAGGGGAAGCCGGAGAACACGCUCAGAACGAUGAGAACGGGGUCCAGGACGAGGAGAACGAGGUCCAGAAUGUGGGGACGAACGACGAGGACGCCGAGACCAAACAGCGGGCAUGGGAAGCAUACUUGGCGCAGAGGGGGCAGAGGCAUUCAGAAGGAGGCCCACAGCAGGAGAUGCCACCGUGGUUUGGGGUGGCCAAGCAAGCAGUGGAGACCGAGCCACAGGACAUUAACCCGCCGGGAUACCCACCCACGGCACGUCGACGAGUUCGCUACAUGACGCAGGAGGCCAUGGAUGAACUGCGAGCCCGACCCUAUAGACUACGCUGGCAAAACGAGAGACGUCGCUACACAGGGAGCCUCGGCACCGAGAGGACCAAAGGAGUGCGUCUGGGCGCAAGCCCAGGAUUGGUCCACCGGAGCAACACCCAAACACCACAUGGACAAGUGCCUGGCUCUGGAUCGUCUUCUUCGUCUACCGCGGGCACACAGCCACAGUGGCAUGGGUGGUCGUCAUGGAGCUCCUGGACAACAGGAGAAAGAUCUGGAUCCAAACACAGUGGAGGACAGGGGCCGAUUCGACAGGAGCGAAAGGCCCGCCAGUGGGCCGACUGGCAACAGUGGGAGCAAGCGUGGCACAGCGAAUGGAGCAAGCAAGUCCGGCACAGCAGCGGGCUCCCCAUGGAGGGGGCAGCGGAGGAGUGGGCCGACCUUCUCAAUCGCCAUCGCCACCGUCCCACAACCCCACAGGGGGAGACAGAGGGGGCCACUGAUGGUGAAGAGGCCAAUGUGCAACAGGGGGCCAAUCACGAGGCUCCGUCUAGUGAACACGCUCUCAGUGCCGGUGAACCUGAUGGAACCCCGGAACUACAACAGCAAGAACAAUGCCACGAAUCGGAGGAGCAACAGGACUUGGUGGAGGAAGCCGAGGACAUCAUCGACACCCUCCUGGACAACCUGCACUCGCACGCGGCGGGGAGACGAGAGGACGAAAAAGACUCCUCGACCUUACUCCAACACAUGGUGGACCUCCAGCACGGCAAGCACAAGGACACUGCGAGAGAAGCCGGGCUCUACGUCAACCACCACGUCGCCAACGCCACGCAACAGGGAGACGAGGUGGCCUGGGUCCAAGGACGCAAAAGAAAGAGGAGCGACAGGGACCCGGAGAACCAUACGGACCACGGCGAUGGCGAGGACGAGGUGAAGAUGGAAGACAAACGUGAAGGAAGUAGGGGGCCGCCAAGCAACGCGGCCGUCAACGCCAAUAGGGAGGGGGCCAGCGACGUCGACCUGGAGGAGCAGAGAAGGUUCGAAAACGAAACAGAAGAGGAGAGAGCGCUACAAGAAGAGUUCGAGCAAGACCGAGCACUACACGAAGAAUGGGUCCAGAAAACGAUAGACGACUACUUCGCGGACGCCGAGGAGGAGCAGCCGGGGCCAAGCCGACAACGACCAGGAAGGCAACAAGAAGAGGGGGCCAAGCACCACGCGGACGCCAUCACUAUGGCUUUUGGCAGGUGGUCGCUGGGCACCGCAGCAGGGGGGGGCUUCGAGAUUGAGGAGGACAGUAUCAGGGAGGUCCUGACCCACAUCCUCAACUUGCACCCGCUGAUGGCUGAAGAUGGAGAGGCGCCCACGCCGCACCUCACCCUCCUCUACCAGAUCCUGACGACAUGGGCCAACACCAGAACGGUGCUGACCCAGACAGAUACCGAAACAGUGGAGCGCAUCUGGCUCGGGUACCUCGAAGGGCUCCGGACCGCAAUGGGGGUGAACUUGGCCGCAACUGCAGCACCGAGUGGAAGACGAACCAACGAGGAGAACCAACUACGCACAGUCAACCUGACAGGGGAAAGAGACAGUUUCGAGUCAGAGGACCACAACGAGCUGGGGGACCAGGACGUGGAGCCGGACGACGACGCCGAGCAGAAGCACGAUGAGGACCAGAACGAGAAAGAGGACCACACCACGGACGAGGAGGUCAUGGAGCGGGAGGAGGAGGAACAACCACUGGGGCCAGUGGAGCACCUGGGGAGACACAGUGUGUGGACGACGCCGCCAGGGGGACCGACACAAGCGACAAGACCCCGUAGGGGGGCCAGGCCGUGGCCGAACUGUCUCCUGCGACCGGGGCACCGCCCACUCAAACAAGGCGAGACCCUGGACUAUGGCAGUUUCGUGAGGGAAGCCACAGAGUGGAGACGGCUGGCUGCGCUCCGUGAAGAACGCAAGGCAGCCGUGGAAGCUACACCGACCUCUACCUCGUCGAGUUCCGGGCUGCCGUCGGCCUACUACGUGAAGCCGGAAGACCAACAACCGGGGGGCCCGUUGCAAGGAGGCCAAGUGGAGAACCAACACACAGGCGAAGCUACUUUGACCUCUACCCCGACAAGCUCGUCGUUGCCCGCGGGGCUGGGAAUGGCAGGGAACCUGCUAACAGGGGGCCAAUGUCAAGGGGUCCCGAACACGCAGAUGGACGAGCCUCUUGCUGACGAAGAUGGAGCUGAAGCGUUCCUGGGGGGCCAAACUGAGGGGGACCCGUGUUAG